UUCUCUUGUGUAAAGUACAUGAACUAAACUAAAUAUACUUAAAUAUACUUAGGUGAAAUUAAGUAGAAAAGUUGCUUAUUCAUUCCUGGCGAUAUCAUUAAUGUUAUCUUCGCAAAACAAAUUGGUUUCACACAGGUAUCGGACGAUUAUUCCGUGCUCGCGAAAAUAUGUCAAAACACGCCAUCUACUCAAAGCUUUAAAGUGAUUGAAAAACGUUUCUAUUACAAAAACAAUUUGAUCUUCGAUUAAGACAGUAGAAAAACAUUUAAGAACAAUUAUGAUGGCAAGUAAAGGUUGGAAGGUAGUAAAACCACAUGUGCCUAUGAUUAAAUUUCGUAAAGGUGGAAUUAACAGAGGUACAGCUACACCAUCUGUGCAAGCAGGGCCGACUGUGUCACAGAAAAGUCCUGGUGCAACAGGACCUAAUGUAGUUGUUUUACCAACGAUAGAAGAUAUUUAUCUUCCUCCACGAUUUCAAAGACGACCUCUUGAUGAGAAAGAAAUUGCAUACAUUAAUAGAGGCGGUCCAGAAUAAAUUCCUUGCACAAUGUAUAGGAUAUUAUCAGCUAUAGAACUAUUUACUAAAUCAUACUUAUUACUAAAUCAUUUUACUAUUUCAUGUUUUCUGUAAUUAAUUCUCUAAAUGCCUUUAAAUAAAUGCCAACAAAACAAUGAA